CGCUGGGCGCUCUCCUCCAUAAGGCGCGCGGCAGGGGCGAGGCCCCGACUGCCCCUUUAAGGCGCGGCCCACGUCCGCCGGCAGAAAAGCAACUUAAAGGCGACGCGUGGCGCGAUGGCGGCUGCCACACGCGCGUGCCGGCGGCGCGGGCGGCCGCUCCCAUCCCUGCCGCCGCUGCUGCUGUUGCUGGCGCUGCCGCCUCCAGGUGGCCCGCCGGGCGCCGCCGCCUACUUCCCGGAGGAGCGCUGGAGCCCAGAGUCACCGCUGCAGGAGCCGCGCGUCCUCAUCGCGUUGCUGGCGCGCAACGCGGCCCACGCGCUGCCGGCCACUCUGGGCGCGCUGGAGCGGUUGCGGCACCCGCGGGAGCGCACUGCGCUGUGGGUAGCCACAGACCACAACUCAGACAACACGUCGACAGUGCUGCGGGAAUGGCUGGUUGCCGUGAAGAAUUUGUACCACUCUGUAGAGUGGCGGCCAGCAGAGGAGCCCAGGUCCUACCCAGAUGAGGAGGGCCCCAAACACUGGUCUGACUCUCGCUAUGAGCACGUCAUGAAGUUGCGCCAGGCAGCCCUGAAAUCGGCCCGGGACAUGUGGGCCGAUUACAUCCUGUUCGUGGACGCAGACAACCUGAUUCUGAACCCGGACACACUGACCCUACUCAUCUCUGAGAACAAGACGGUGGUGGCGCCCAUGUUGGAUUCCCGGGCUGCGUACUCCAACUUCUGGUGUGGGAUGACUUCUCAGGGCUACUACAAGCGCACGCCUGCCUACAUCCCCAUCCGAAAGCGGGACCGCCGAGGCUGCUUCGCGGUUCCCAUGGUGCACUCGACCUUCCUGAUUGACCUGCGGAAGUCGGCAUCCAGGAACUUGGCAUUCUACCCUCCACACCCCGACUACACCUGGUCGUUCGAUGAUAUCAUCGUUUUUGCCUUCUCCUGCAAGCAGGCAGAGGUCCAGAUGUAUGUCUGCAACAAGGAGGUGUAUGGCUUCCUGCCGGUGCCAUUGCGAACUCACAGUACCCUCCAGGAUGAGGCCGAGAGUUUCAUGCACGUGCAGCUGGAAGUCAUGGUGAAGCACCCACCAGCAGAGCCCUCCCGGUUUGUCUCCGUGCCCACCAAGACAGCCGACAAGAUGGGCUUUGAUGAGGUCUUUAUGAUCAACCUGAAGCGACGGCAGGACCGGCGGGAGCGCAUGCUGCAGGCGCUGCAGGCGCAGGAGAUCGAGUGCCUACUGGUGGAGGCCGUGGACGGCAAGGCCAUGAACACCAGCCAGGUGGAGGAACUGGGCAUCCAAAUGCUGCCCGGCUACCGGGACCCCUACCACGGGCGACCCCUCACCAAAGGCGAGUUGGGCUGCUUCCUCAGCCACUAUAACAUCUGGAAGGAGGUUGUGGACCGGGGACUGCAGAAAUCGCUGGUAUUCGAGGAUGACCUGCGCUUUGAGAUUUUCUUUAAGAGGCGCCUGAUGAACCUCAUGAGGGAUGUGGAGAGGGAGGAUCUGGACUGGGACCUCAUCUAUGUGGGCCGGAAGCGGAUGCAGGUGGAGCACCCCGAGAAAGCCGUGCCCCGCGUGAGGAACCUGGUGGAGGCUGACUACUCCUACUGGACACUGGCCUACGUGAUCUCCCUGCAAGGCGCCCGCAAGCUGCUGGCUGCCCGGCCGCUCUCCAAGAUGCUGCCUGUUGACGAAUUCCUGCCAGUCAUGUUCGACAAGCACCCAGUGUCCGAAUACAAGGCUCACUUUUCUCCCCGCAACCUGCACGCCUUCUCCGUGGAGCCCCUGCUUGUGUACCCCACGCACUACACAGGAGAUGAUGGGUAUGUGAGUGACACAGAGACCUCAGUCGUGUGGAACAAUGAGCACGUCAAGACUGACUGGGACCGUGCCAAAUCCCAGAAGAUGCGGGAACAGCAGGCCCUGAGCCGUGAGGCCAAGAAUUCGGAUGUGCUCCAGUCCCCACUAGACAGUGCUGCCCGGGACGAACUCUGAGGGGCAGUGGCCAAAACACCAAAGCAGCUUUUGGUGCCCCAUACUCUACAUGCUCGCCAGGGACAGCAGCGUCCCCUGCAGACCCCAGCAGGCCAUGGAGGGCUUUCCACACAGGGUGGUGUCCAGCCAGCUCUUGCUCAGCAAUCAGGUGCAUGCAGGCAGCAUUAAGGGAGUGCCUACUGUCUGCCAGAAACAGGGUUUGGCACUGGGAGAUGGGGUGGGAACAAGCCAUCAUUCAUCUCUCUGUGUGCCUGACAUUUUUUAAGCAUUGACGGUGUACCAGCUUUGUGUGCGAUGGCAGUGAAUGAGGCAUAAUUAUUCCCUCAGUCAGUGAUUGGUUCAGUCAGGCAUUUAUUAAUUCCUCCACCAAGAACCAGGCACUAGUCAUACACAUUCAUUUUUUAAAUUCAAGUAUUUAUUGAAUGCCUACUGUAUGUUGGGCACCAUUUCAGGCUCUAGUAAUAUUGAGAUAAACAAGAUACUUUCAUUUUCUCAAACAUAUCAAGCACCUACUGUGUGCCUGGUACACAAAAGUUCUUAUUGACUCUGCAUUUAUUGAAUGCCUAUUGUGUGCUGGGAGCUGAGCUCGGUGCUGGGGAUGGAGAUAAACAAGGUGCUUUUCACCCUAACUGGUUUCUUCCCACACAUCUGAAGAGUACCUACUGUGCGCCAGGCAUUAGUGAUACAAAACAGCAUGACAGUUGUUCAGUCAGCAUUUGAUUACCUACAUGUGUGCUGGGCUACAGAGAUGAACAAAAUGAGUCCUUUUAUUUCUUCCUGCAGUAGGUAUUUAUUGAGUGCCUACUGUGUACCAGACCUCACGGACUUCCAGUAGGGUUAGAGAAUGGCUGAGUCUGAGUCCUCCUCGUCCAUCCCCCAGUCACUCGAGCUGAAUGCAGACAACGUCCCCCAUCACCCAGUAGGGAGGGUGGCUCUUCUCUCACCAGGGGCAGCUGCGGGUCCCAGUGGCCCCAUGGCAGCAUAUAGGCUCCCUGGACCCAGCCCCCCUGGAGGGGGCGGGGACAAAGAUGGGACUAGGUCUCCCCUGCUACCCCUGGUCCUGUUUGCUUGACCACCUUGGCCUGCUUCUCAGGUGUGAUCUCUGCUCAGUGGGGUCCUCUAUCCAAGCCUUUGGUGGGCUUCAUGUGUUUGGGACCUUGGCGGGCUCAGCAGCACUGGGGUGCUGCCUGCAGUCCAGGCAGGAUGUUCCACAGCUCAGAAUGGAGGACUCGCUGUGCCUUCAGCCAAAAACGAAUGUCAGAGCCGGCUAGUGGUGCUUCACUCUUAGGGAUGGAUAACUGCUCCCCGGGUCAGGUCCUGGAUAACUUGCCUAUUUUUUUAUUAAAUGUUCCUGGUUGAUUUUCA